AUGUCUCGACCAAACCUUCCCGGGCAGGACCUUGUCUCAAGUCCUCAAACAAACCGCCGUAGCCGUCGAAACACGGUUGACAAUCCGACCUUGAACGACUCGGAACUGUUUGCCCCUUCUUUGCCCCAGGACCCUCAGGAGGGUACGAUUUCACGACUUCGAUCCUGGACUGAGGAGCACCGUGAAAACAGCCCGGUCUUAUCAAGAAAUACAGAGCCCCUUGACCAAAGCAUGCAAGAUGUGGCUCUCGACGAGGAGGAGGAGGACGAAGAGUCUGACGACGACUGGGACAUGGUGCUCGACUACCUAGCGGUAGAAGAAUCCGAAGAUUGGUAUCCGAGGCCAACCACUAUGAAUCGGAUAAGAAGAUACCUUUGGUCAAGGGAUGAGGACGAAGACCGACACCACAACCACCGACCGGGGCCUCUCGUCUUUGAUGACGACGGUAUGGUUAGCAUCGACGAAGAGGAUGAAGAGGAGGACGACCGCCCACAUUGGCGAGACCCGGCGUGGGAUUAUAACAUCCCGUUUGGACCCCGGGUCCAGUACGAUUACACCUUUGAGCAGCUCUAUCCUCGCACCGCCAUGGCCCUUGACUUUGCUCAGGCACUCCCAGGCAUGCGACGUCUCGCUGUGGCACGGGAUGUAGUAGCAGCCUGGGCCCCGACCGUCCAGAACAACAUUUCCAGGACGUGCAACACCAUGGCCCCUCGAGCUGUGUACACGGCACAGCGCACUCAGGAGGCUCUCGCCAUGUCGGCUCAGGUGGGGUGCCAUCUUGCUGCAGAGGCGUGGACGGCUGGGCAGAACGCUGCUCAGAUGAUACAGGAUACGUGGGAGGCGGCACAGCCUGCGGUGCGGAUGCUGCGUGAUGGAAGGGCUAUGAGAUUGUUGAUGGAAGGCGAUGUCAUGAUGAUGCUGCUCCAGGAUGCUGCGAUGGCAGGGUUAUCGGCGGUACCGCCAUACGAUCUUAUCCUGCGAUCCAGCGGAGGCCGACGCCGACUUUGA